AUGGUAAUAUGGUUAGCAACAUCUUGGCAUCAAUGCAUAGAAGUAUUGCCCGCUGAUAAAAUUGAUGGCAACGGUGAUUUAUUAGGAAAAUUGAGAGGUUACCGGUGGAAUAGAAAUAAUAUUAGACAAAAACUAGGACUACCAACACAUCUAGAACCCCAUGCCUCAUUUCAUUUAGAAAAUGAACCAGAAAAUGACGCGUCUGUAGGCACAACUGACCCAGGAACUUCAAGUCAACCACCACGGCCUCCAGCAGUACCAACUAAGGCCUUUUUUCGAUCAAAGAAGAAAUCCAAAAGUCACUCUUCUGCAGACACAACUGACCCAGGAACUUCAAGACAACCACCACGGCCUCUAGCAAAAUCCAAAAGUCACUCUUCUGCAGACACAACUGACCCAGGAACUUCAAGUCAACCACCACGGCCUCCAGCAGUACCAACUAAGGCCUUUUCUCGAUCAAAGAAGGGGUCUAAAAGUAACUCUUCUGCAGGCGCAAGAGAACCAGGAACCUCAAGCCGAGUAUCACGACCUCUAGUAGCACCAUUUAUGGCUUCAAGAAUUCAAACACAACCAUUUCCAGUAUCGCCACGUCCAGAACAAUCGCGUCCAUACCGAUCACGCCGAAAACUUCUCGAUACAUCAAAAAAUUUAGAAGCACUACAUAUAUCAUCAUUAUAUAUAUCAGCAUUACGUCGAAAAGCAGCAUGUCGAGCGCAACCAGAUAUAAUACCAUUUCAAGUGCCACCACGUCAUGCACCUUCAAAUCCGGGACCAUCACGUUCAGUGACACCAGUGCUACCUGAAGUGCUGCCACUUUCACAAAUUGAAAGUGAAAGUAGUUCUCUACACUGCACCUAG